AUGUGUACUAACUCAGUGGUGUUCAAAUCGUUUUCCCGAACCUCGCACCUGGCGCGAAACCUGUUUUCGUCGACAGGUAGCACGUACCACAACCAGCAGAACCAGCCCGGAUUCUUUGUGUCCACUUCUACGCUCCACAGACACAACUCGCAGCUAGUAUGUUACCCCCCAGGACCUUCCUACAACCCCAACAACGACGGACACAGUGCAGCCAACCUGCUGCCACCACACACUGCCUGUCUCUCGGCAGUAACCGUCAACCACAAUAAUGCAUCACAGCUGGUUAGUGACGAGGAGAGCUUAGGCGAGGACUCGCGACUUAACCUGCGACGACGUCAGACGCUCACCAAGCCCGCACCGGUCGUCUACAGACGUAUCCAGCCCGCGUCUUCGACCCCUCCCACGAAGGUGGUCACAGUGCAUUCUUCCGAACAGCUCACAAAACGACGACUGGCCACCAACGCCACUUCCUCCGACUACAACUCCCUGUAUGAGUCGCUUCGAUCGUUACAGGUGAGCGAAACGGUGGCCAAGAGCGUCACUCCUCCCUCUUCUCCUAGAAUCACACCCAUCGAAGACACUGUGGAUGUGGAUACUCUGGAGAUGCCCGAACUAAUGUCUGACAGCUCGUCCGUGGCGUCUGAGACUAGCGUCGACGUCAAGCCUCCAGUUCUACCCAUCAGACGACCUGGUGACGUCCAGUUCCUCCCGCCCAUUGGCAUCUCUUCUGUCGAUGAUUGUGCUAUUCUCGAUACCCCUCCUGCAUCCCCCCUUGCUAAGACAGCGGAGGCCGUUCUCACGCCAACCUCUGCUUCAGAGUCACGUCUCAAUACUCUAGAUGACUUCAACUCCGAGCUCGUGACGCUGUCGAAACAGGCCAAGUCCUCUGACUCUAUCGGGGGCGUCGAGCAAGCAGUCUCCGAUGUCCUGUCUCUAUACCAAGACCUGCUCACAAAGCACAAACCCACAGUCGACACAUACACACAGGUGAUUUUGUGUCUCACCACACAGGCCAUGAAGCUGGAAAAGUGGCUCAAGUCUCCCAAGUACACCCAGUCCAAGGAGACGCUGCAGGCAGUCGACACUGACAAGCAGCGGGCCCAACAGCUGUCCAAGGAGUUUGCUAUUCUGGCUGCCGAGAUCUUCUUUUCCUCAAACGCCGUAACCAUGCAGAAGUACUCCGCCGGUAUUUACGAGACUUUGCUCAAGUCUGGUAGCCACGUUCUGCCUUCUCAACACGUCAUCCAUGUUGUUGAGGCUCUUGAGCGUGUUGGCAUGACUCCCACUCUGUCCUGUUACAUGUCUCUGAUGGACCAUUUCUCCGCUCAUAAGGACUACGAGUCCAUGACUGCUGUCUACAACUCGUUCAAGGCCACCCUUGGCUCGUCUGUCUCGUCCAAUAACCUUGGCAAGAUAUACUCCAAGUUUGUUGUUGGAAUGUACCUGUGUGGCGAGUCUGCUGCUGCCCGAGAGUUUUGCGAGUCUGUCACUGGCGAUAACGAGCUUAUUCGAACAGUUUUCUCGGCUGCUGUGGAGGGCCUGGCUGCAACCGGUCAGGUGGAGGAAGCCUGGACCAUGGUGCAGCGGUUUCAGCUCGACAAUGGCGUUUCUGUCUCUAUCGAGGCUUCUUCAAAGCUUCUCUCGGCUGUUUCUCAAAAAGUUUACAACAUGACUCUGAAGAAGGGUAUGCUUUCUAUCGCUCAUGACGUUUAUCUCUACUGCGCUUCUCACAAGGGUUUCACCGGCCCUCCCACAUCCUCCUUCUACCAGUCGGCUGCUCGAUCCGAGUACAUUGACGUCAUGAUGAACUCUUGCAACCUCGAAGCUCUCAGCGAGGUGGCCGAGGAGCUAUACGUUACUGCUACUGCCCUGGAUGCUUCCACUCUGACCCGAUUUACUGCCUUCUUCGUGAACAUGCACCACACCAAGUUUGCUCUGCGAUUCCUGUGUUCCCAGCUUGAGGUUGCCCAAUUUUCCGAGACCGUUACCACCGAGGUUGUCAACACCAUUUUUGGCGUGGUGAUGCGAAAGGGCAAGGAGCUUGAUGCGCAAGAGCUCGCCUCUCUGGUGACCGCUUUCUCUCACAUUUCUAUUUCCGAGUCUUCGUUUGCCUCCCUAGUUUCUCUCCUUAACAUGUGCUGGUCUCGACCCUCGCCCAUAUCUUCUCUCCUCGAGAAGUCAGUGACACCUCUGAAGUGCCUGGAGCAGUUUGCCUGUCUGCACAUGCUGUGGAUCAAGACCGCUUCGAAGACCACCAACGUGACUGUUGUGGACGAGCUCAAGGCCCGAUUUGGAGCUAUCGUUGAUGCUCUGAUGAGCCAAUCGUGUGUGUUUAACCAGGUAUUUGUCUCUGACAUUGAGACCACCCUCAAUGUGCUCGGUAUGGAGACUGGUCUAUUUUCCAAGCGACAGGAGCAAAUUCAAGCUAAGGUUGAGGUUUCCGAGGCUAUCCCCACUCCUCCUGCCUCUCCUCCUUCUCUAGAGAUUGACCAGGUUCUUUCUCGAAAGGUCAUCGCCUUUGCUCGAUCCAAGGCUCCGUCCAUCCCCCAGGCUCUCAAGACUCUUGGCGAUGCUGUUGCUGCAGGCUCCGUUCUUUCUGUCGAGGCCUUCCUCUCCGUCAUUGAGGGUGCCUCUUCUAAGGACACAAUCAGGGGCGCUUAUGCCGCUGCAAUGGAUUCUGUGCCCCAUCCUUCCACUUCUGCUGCAGCCUGGCAGCACUGGAAGCCCAUCCACCGGGCAGUAAUUGUCUCUGGUGCUGCUGUUGACCGCCACUCUGCGUCUCAGGCUUACCAGAGUCUCAUCGCCAUGGGCUCUCAUCCUUGUGCCACAGGAUACGGACACCUGAUUCUGAACCGUGUCCCCCUUCCCACCAACACUCACGACGAGGCUCAGGACGCCGUGGCUCUGUUUGAGGAGGCCGUUUCCCACACUCAGCCCACCACCUUCCUGUUCAACAUCGUGCUGUCCAAGCUGUCCAAGGCGCGUCGAUUUGACUCUGCCAUGAACAUUUUCUCUGCCAUGGACAAGUUCCCUGCCAAGAAGACUUCCGUUACCUAUGGCACCAUGAUCAGUGCUUGCUGCCGUGCUGGUAACGUGGGUGACGCCGAGCGUCUGUUUGAGGAGAUGGAGCUGGACCCCAGCUACGUCGCUCGAGCCGCUCCCUACAACACCAUGAACCAGUACUACAUUCACACUGCCCGUGACGCUGCUGCCGCCAAGCGAACCUUUGCUCGAAUGCAAGAAAAGGGCGUGCAGCCUACCGCGCAUACUUUCAAGCUGCUGAUCGAUCUGCACACCUGUUGCAGCAUUAAUAUUGCUGCUGCCGACUCAGUGCUGCACAUGAUCGAGGCCUGUGGCCAGCAGGUGACCGAGCACCAUCUUUCCUCUCUGCUGUACGCCCGAGGCGUGAUCAUGCAAGAUUUCCCUGCCGCGAAGGCCUUCUACAAGAACAUCUGCACUUCCCGUGCUGUCCGUCCUGGAACUGCUAUCUUCCAGGCACUCAUUGAGUCCUACGUGGCCAACCAGCGGUGCCACGAGACUCCUGAGGUGUUGGAGCAGAUGUCGCGAUUUGGUGUCCCCCUUACCGCGUACAUGACCAACUCGUUAAUCCGAGGCUGGGCUGCUCAGGACUUUGGAAAGGCCCUUGGCCUGUUUGAUGCCGCCUACCGAAACGGCAAGGCUGAGCCUUCGUCAUACGAGGCAAUCAUUCGAGCCUGUAUCUACAAUGGUGAGCUGCAGACCGCCAGCAACAUUCUGGCAAUGAUGCAGGCCGCCUCGUACCCUCAGCCUGUGGUCGCCAAGGUGCAUGCUCUUCUGGAGCGUGUCGAGCAGGCGCAGGUUGACGGCUGGUCUUAUCUCAUGCACAAUACCUUCAAGUCGGAGACUAUUAGAAUCUAG